GUCUCCCAGGGCUCCUAUGAUUCCCAAGUACCAAGUCCUCAGUGUGAUGUUCAAGGACAGACACUGAGCUUCCCACUACUGCAUAUCAGGCACUGGCAUGGAUUAAUUUACUUAAUCACAACAACCCAGUAAGGUGGAUAGUAUGACAUCCCAUUUUUAUAGUUGGGGACAAUAAGGCAUGGAGAGGUUUAGUAACUCCUCCAACAUCGCACAGCUGGGAAGGGGCAAAGCUAGGAUUUGAACCUGGGCCAUCUAGCUGGAGGGUCUCCUUGCUUAAUCAUCAUGCUGUACUGCCUCUGGAAGUGAGGACCUCCCUGAGGCGGUGACUUUUGAAGUGGUAGCUUAGAACAGUUCAGGCAGAAUAAUAACUCCUACAUCACAGGGUGGGUGUGAACACCCAGUGAGGGCUUAGGGUGGUGCUCAGCACUCAGUAAGAUGCUCAGAAAAUAUGAGCUUAAAAAGGGAUUAAGGAAGAUUUUUACAGAGGCAAUGCUGAGUAGGGUUUUGAAGGGUAUGUAGGAGUCUUCCAGGAGGACUGGGUUAGGGGAAAGAUACCAGAAGGCCCAGCAAGGACAAAAGAAGAGAAAGGCAUAUACUGUGGCCUUUCUGGCUGACUGUGACCCAUGGCAAGUUGCCCUUCACCUGGAAGUUUUUCCAGACAGACCUCCCCCAGGUUUCUCCAGCUGUGCCAGCCCUGACUACACUGGAAGGGCAGGGGGUGUGGAUGUGAGACCCAGAACUGAGUUCUUUCCUGUUUCCAGCCUCACCUAGUACAGGCCUGGGACCCCAUUCAGCUACCAUUUAUUAAGUAGAUAUGCUCUGCCUCUCCUGCUCACAUUCUAUGUCUCCCAUUUACUUGGGGAGCCAGUUCCCCGGCUUGGCUUGCCCUGCCUUGCUUGAACGGCCCUGCUAACCUCCUGCUGCUUCCUUUUGGACCCUGCCUCCAGCCACCCUGCCUUGACCCGCAAAGAGCACCUGGUUGCAGACUUCCAAGUUUUUGCACACACUGUUUCCUGCCAGGGAUGUCCUUCCUUUAGGGCCCAAUGUUAAGAUCUUUUUUUCUUUUAGGCUCGUCUCAGACCUCACUGACUCCUGUGGGAUCUUCUAGGUCCUUCUCACUGCCCAUCCUAACCCCUGGGGCUGGGAUCAUCUUUCACCCAGCUUUGGCUCCUAUCAUAAAUAAGAGGCCUAUGUUCAGGGCUGAGGCCUCUCUGGGGUGUCAGAGAGGGCAUGAGAGUGUCAGGACCUGGGAGCUGGUCUCAGUGCAGCCCUCUGUCCCCCCUACUCUAAGCAACCCUCUUCUGGCCCGCCUACCCCUGGACCCUGACUACUCCGUGCCUUGCUAUUGCUCACCUCCGGUCACCCUCCAACGUGUGUUUGCCUGCUAAUGAGAAGUGUGACAAGUGCUGCGGUUCGCUGAGCGGCUGCCCUGGGGCUGGAGAGCAGGAGGGGCUGGAGUGCUCUGGGCUGGCUCUCAGGAAACCUUCACCACACACCCCACUCCCAGGCCCUUCCUCAGAAAAGACCUUGGAAUAUACAUUUCACUGGUCCAGGACCCCAGAGCCAGAGACCUUGCAGCUGGCUGCACCCGAAAACACAGUGACAAUUGGAACCUGGAGGCCAGGGAGAGGCUCGGGGCUUCAGUUGCAUGGGUCCCUCCCCAACUCAGACUCACAGAAGCACUGUAAUGACCAGGACCCUCCAAAGAGGCAUCACAGCAACACUAAGAACCCCUGGGAGACCAGCUCUUCCAAAACCAAAGUCCACCGUGAUGAUUCCCGAAUCCCAGAAGCUUCUGAGAUGUGAACUGGAGUCACUCAGGUGUCAGCUACAGGCCCAGACCAAGGCUUUCGAGUUCCUAAACCACUCAGUGACCGUGUUGAAGGACAGCUGCCUGCAGCAAAUCAAGAUCCAACAGCUUGAAGGGGCUGCAGAAGACCCUGUAUGACAACGAGGAGGUGCAGAGGGCCCGUACCACCCGCUGUCUACAG